AACUUUAUUCUUUCUCAACCUCUAGUAGGGGUCUCUAGUCUACACUCUACUCUACUCUCUAGAGAUGUAGACUAGAUCUAUUAACAAGUUUUGAAUUAUUGAGCUCGAAUGUUCUUGUUUACGGUCUGCCCAGUCUAGAGAUUUACCUAGAUCAAGUACUAAGUAACUAGUAAUGUGACGAGAUAACAAAUCAAAGGAAAAAGUGAAAAGUCUUUGAGUAAUGAGACUUGUUUAUUCUAGUGUCUCCUUUGUUACCCCUCAAGAAAAUGAGCAAUACUUUAUCUAUAGUAGGACACGGAACUUGGAAAGUUUGUUUGAUAUCUGAUUUCAUGAAUUUUUUUGCCAAAAGUAAAUAUAAUCGGGGAUGCUUGCAGCAUAUAUUAUCCUGUCCUGGUCCUCAUUUAAAAACUAAAUCAAGCCUUAGCCAAAUAAGAACAUUGUUCUUAAGAAGCAGAUCAAAUCAGUUGAAUACAGAAACUACUGAGACUACAUCUGAGGCAGAGAAUGUCUCAGAAAGUGGGGAAGAUAUUGAAAGAACAGUUGGCAGGACAUCAGACUCACAGAACUUAAGGUUACAAAUUCCACCUGACUCUCCCCCAAACUCAAAAUUAUUGCGUGUGGCUAUUAUAGGAAAACCAAACUGUGGAAAGUCAACACUUACAAAUUCUCUAUUAGGAUGGAGGGUAUCCUCUGUCUCAGACAAAGUGCACACAACAAGAAAAAAUACCAUGGCUGUCUAUACUUCUGCUGAGACGCAGGUUGUAUUUCUUGAUACUCCUGGCAUAUUGAAUCCUGGAAGUCGAAAAAAGCAUAAUUUAGAAAAAUCUUUAGAAAUUGAUCCUGUGCGGAGCCUUGCCCAAGCAGAUGUUGUGGCUGCAAUGGUGGAUGUAUCAAACAGUUACUACACUCAAGCCAUGGACACAACAUUAUUACAGUUACUGUAUCUGUACAGACACAUACCUUCAGUCUUCAUUUUAAACAAGGUUGAUCUGGUAAAACAACGGAAUAAUCUACUGCAAACAAUACGGCUCUUGACAGAUGGCAUUGUGGAUGGCCAUUAUCUUAUCAAAGAGUCAAACAAAAGUAAAAUAAACAAGAACGCCCUGUUUGAUGCGGCAGACCAGGCUUUAGAUCAGAAUGCAGGAAAGAAUAAAAAAGAAUAUGAACACAACACCCCAAAGUUUAGUAGAAGAGAAUACUCGGGUCAACCUGCAGAGAUACCAUCUCAGCUUCUCCAGCCAGAUGUUGACACCAUCAGGCACACAGAAUUAACUUGGGAUGAAUACUUUGACAAGCUGCGCAAAGCCCAUAGAGCUGUGCAGAACAUGAGGGGGUGGCCAUUGUUCAAAGAAGUUUUUGUUUUGUCAUCUCUAAGAGGAGAAGGUGUACAGGACUUAAAAGAGUAUCUCCUAGGUCUAGCCACACCCAGGCCAUGGGACUAUCACAGUAGUUUAGUCACAGAUCAGUCACCACAGGAAGUAGUUCUAAUGUGUGUUAGGGAGAAACUGUUGGACAAUUUAAAAAAUGAAGUUCCAUAUCUUUUGAAACUGGAUAUUGUGCUUAUGGAAGUAGACAGAGAUGAUAGUUUACUGAAUCUUGUGAUUAAUGUGAUUUGUGAGACAGAAAGACAUUUGACAAUAUUCCUUGGGAAUGAUGGGAAAAUGAUUCAAACCAUUUCAAGUCAAGUCAAACAAGCCCUCAUGGACACCUUUAGAUGUGACGUCAGGCUCAAACUGGUCGGACUGUUGAGAAAGAAGCACAAAUGAAAUUAGCAAUCCCUUGUUGCUGGUGUAUAUUUGGCUGUUGACUGAACUGACACCACUGGUGAUGUGCAGGGGCUUGUAGGCUGAAGCAUCCACUCUAAGUAAAAUGUAUUGUACUUUUGUAGACAGACCUGGUGUAAAGUGGUACUCUACAAGUGUGUUGAACAAGUGUUAACUUUUUAAAUGUUCUGUUCAUUUGGCUCUGAGAUGAAGAUUGAUUAAAUAUGUGGUAAUAUCUCUUAAA